GGGGGGGUGCCCGGCGUGGCCAAAGCGCACGGGGCGGCGAUGCCUCCUGCCAGGGGAGCGCACAAGUGACCGGCGCCUCUUCCCAUGCCCGUCUCCUGAAGCGACCCCCCCCCACCCCCGCCCGGCAUGGAUGUGGCCAACAACACUACCUCCCCAGAGCGCUCUCCCGAGGGGGCAGGCAGCCCCGGCCUCGCCGAGGUGACCCUGGGCUACCAGCUGCUCACCUCCCUGCUCCUGGGCACGCUCAUCCUGUGCGCCGUGAGCGGCAACGCCUGCGUGAUCGCGGCUAUCGCCCUGGAGCGCUCCCUGCAAACCGUGGCCAACUAUCUGAUCGGCUCGCUGGCCGUCACCGACCUCAUGGUGUCCGUGCUGGUGCUGCCCAUGGCGGCCCUCUACCAGGUGCUGAACAAGUGGACGCUGGGGCAAGUCACCUGCGACAUCUUCAUCUCGCUGGACGUGCUGUGCUGCACCUCUUCCAUCCUGCACCUGUGCGCCAUCGCCUUGGACAGGUACUGGGCCAUCACGGACCCCAUCGACUAUGUCAACAAGAGGACUCCCCGGCGGGCCGCCGUGCUCAUCAGCCUGACCUGGCUCAUCGGCUUCUUGAUAUCCAUCCCGCCGAUGCUGGGCUGGAGGACGCCGGAGGACCGCUCGGACCCCGACGCCUGCACCAUCAGCAAAGACCACGGGUACACCAUCUACUCCACCUUCGGCGCCUUCUACAUCCCUCUUCUCCUCAUGCUGGUGCUCUACGGCCGCAUCUUCAAGGCGGCCCGCUUCAGGAUCCGCAAGACCGUCAAGAAAGCGGAGAAGAAGAAAAUCGCCGACACUUGCCUCACCCUCUCCCCGGCCGCCCUGCAGAAGAAAAGCAACGGAGAGCCCGGCAAGGGCUGGCGGCGGACUGUGGAGCCCAAGCCCGGUGCGUGUGUCAACGGCGCGGUACAGCAGGGCGAGGACGGGGCCGCCCUGGAGAUCAUCGAGGUCCAGCGCUGCAACAGCUCCUCCAAGACUCACCUGCCGCUGCCCAGCGAGGCGUGCGGGUCCCCGCCGCCCCCCUCCUUCGAGAGGCGCAACGAGAAGAACACGGAGGCCAAGCGGAGGAUGGCUCUGUCCCGGGAGAGGAAGACUGUCAAGACCCUGGGCAUCAUUAUGGGCACCUUCAUCCUCUGCUGGCUGCCGUUCUUCAUCGUGGCGCUGGUCCUGCCCUUUUGUGACAGUAAGUGCUACAUGCCCAAGUGGCUGGGGGCAGUCAUCAACUGGCUGGGCUACUCCAACUCCCUCCUCAACCCCAUCAUCUAUGCCUAUUUCAACAAAGACUUCCAAAGUGCUUUUAAGAAAAUUAUCAAGUGCAAAUUUUGCAGGCAGUGAACCCCGCCGCUCCCGGACGGGGCAGCGGAGGCUCCCGCCGCUCGCUCCAUCCGCCUGUCCCCCCCCGCCGCAGUGUGCCCCCCGCCCAGACCCUCUACCGCGCCGGCGUAAGGGCGGGGGGCGCCGGGACGCCCCGUCCACAGCGCGACGGGGUCCCGGGCUCCUCCGCCCGUCGGACAAGCCCCGCGGAGCAGGGCAGGGCUCCACCGGGGGCAGCGGGGGAGGGAGGGGGGGAUGCUCGCCUCGGGAGGGUUCCGCGGCCGCCCCCCGCCCCUUCCUGGCCUCGGUGGGGCUCCGCUGCUGGGCGCCGGCGCUCCUGCCCCCCUUCCUUCCUUCCUUCCUCCCUCUCUCCCUCCCCUCCAUCAUUCUGGGUAGACUUAAGGUUUGCAGGUCGUUGCUUGUGGUCGCUGUAAACCACAGUGUCUGCCCGAGUAGCAUCGGUAAAAUUAAACUACCCUAUGCAGAAAAA